AUGAGAGAAUACAAAAAUCUAAAAGCGUUCUACGUAGACUUGCUAGUUCCCCUGGAAACGAACCUGGAAAAAGACACAAAAGUUGUGCAGAGUGAGCAGAAAAAAUUUCUUCAACAGCAUAAAACGAGGUCCGAAACUUACAGCAAAGCCGCGGCAACUAUGAAAAAACAAAGGAAAAAAUCACGUGGAGCGAGUAAGAGCGGAUUAGCCAUGGAUAAGGAAUUAAAGAACAUGCAGAUUCUUGAGGAAGAAAAAUCUAAACUCGAUGCUUUUUGUGAGCAAAGUCUUAAAAAUGCAAUGACCCAAGAACGCAGACGAUACGGGUUCGUCCUGGAGCGACAAUGUUCACUAGCCAAACACUACGCGAGCUUUCACGAAGUUGCCUUGGCAGCUCUACAUCCUUCCGUGGACGAAUGGCGUGAAGUUGCAAACACUCGUGAAUAUUUGCCUCAAUCCGUGGAAGACAUGUUUGCAUCCCGACUUCGUCAAGUGUCUUUCUGGCCCGAGGACGAGGAGAACGGGGGUUCUGAACUGACCAUGAGUUCCCAGCUGAGAAAAACAAGAAGUAUGGACAGUUCCUGCUUGGAACUUCGUCUUGGUCCACCACCGAGCCACCCGCCCUCUUCUUUACACGCCGGAGCGCCCUCUCAUCUCUCUUCGGCGCUAUCAAGGGCAAGGUCAGAAGCUAAUCUCCAUGCCUCAAGCUUGUCGCUUGAACCAGAUAUACCAGAAACUCCACCGCGACCUAGAUCAAUGGCUCCGACAUCAAGGAACAGCGUGGUGGGUAGCACCAGCGGUGGGGGUGGAUCUGGAACUGGUGUUAAUUCAGGCGUAUGGGGUGAAUCUUCAUUAGCGCGUGCACUUUUUGCUUACUUGAGUUCUGGGGAAAAUCAGCUGAGCUUUCUUGAAGGCGAUCUUAUUGCACUAAUGGGUGAUCGUCAAAAAGGUUGGCAAUUUGGUGAGAAUCUCCGUACUCAAAGCUCUGGCUGGUUUCCGCUGGCUUACACUGAAAUUAUAAUCGACGAUAGUUUGGGAUCUCCGAGUCACGCAGCAAAUAACGGUCGGUCACCGGAACCAAGGGCGAUGCCACCCUGCAAGCCGCCGCCGUCUCGGCCGCCACCCACGAUCGACGAUCUCAGCAACGGCGGAAUAGGGAUAGGGAGCGGAAACCCCUCAAGCAACAGCAACAGCAGCAACAACAACAACAUCGGAAACUCAAACACAAACACAAGUACUCCUACAAAUGUACCCAAGAGCCAUAGUUCUCACAGCGUUGCCACCCCUACGGGACGUCAGCCAAAAUCAAUCCGUCCAUCAGGAACCUUGCCAUCACUAUUAGCAGCCGGACGACGAGUCCAGCCCCCGAUGCCGCCCGUGCCACCCCCACAAGUGGUGACUUCUCUGCACAGUAGCAAUGACAGCGGAUUUUCAAACGAGCCACCAGUGCAGCCUGACAUCGAUUACAGCGACGACGAGGCCAUGAGACAACGCCGCAGAAAAACCCGUGGGGAGCGUCUGGAGGCCGCUGAACGAGCGAUGCAGAUGAUGGAUAAGCAGGAGAAGCUGCACAAACACCAAGGACACCGCGAGGAGAACGAGCCCGAUGACAAGGGCAAAGAUUGGCUGAACGAUUCAUGGAAGACGAUCCCUAGGGACGAAAAGAGCUGGCAGAUGUACAGGACAGCCAUGGACCUGUGGUCGGAGUCAAAAGAGCUAGACAAAAGAGACCUCGAGGGACCAAGCGGAAGGUAUGGACCCGCUAGCAGACGGACCAGCGACAACUACGAGCCCCAUCAUUCCAAGGAAUACAAUUCUGAAUACGAAGCUAAAGACAAGCGCGACAAGGUGAGCAACGACCCCAGAAAAUCCAAGUAUGCACAGUCACGAGGCAGCAUUGAGCGACCAAGUGUUGGAAACAGCAACAAUCGCUACAUGAAUGGCAAUGAUCACCGUCUGAGAGAUCAAUCUAACCGUCGCUCUGCUGAAGGACGUCGUUCUUCUUCUCGAGAAGACUUGAGCCGCGAGAUCGAAAUUGACGAGUCCGAUGAAGAAAACAACCAAGAAAUGAACCAAGAUGAGGCAUACAAUGAAGACUAUGAAGACAAGAACAAGGUAGAACAUAUUGCCCAGAAACUUGAGCAAACAGCUCAGAAGUACGCAAGGGAGCACAGCCCUUCUAAGUUUACCGAGCGCAGACGAGAGGAUUAUCGAAAAAGUCUUGAACGUGAUGAGAAAUUGGUAUCAUCCGGGACUAAUUAUGACAAAUAUGAACGUGAUACGCGUGUGCAGCGGUUCGAUAGGGAGAGAGAAAGGGAAAGGGAGAGAGAUAGGGAAAGGGAACGGGAAAGAUAUGUCGAUAAUAACAAUAAGAACAAUCAGAUGAAUUACGAACGUGAGAGAACCUUCGAAAAGAAUCCGGACCGCAAUAAAAAUAUCGAACGGCAUUCAAAUCGGAGAUUCGAACGACCUAAGCCGCCGUUUGAGGAUGCACCUGAACGGCCACGUGAGUUACCGCUACCGCGUAGGGAAAGACGCCAUUCUGACAAAGAGGAGAUUUAUGGCACUACUGGUUAUGGUGUCGAUAAAUUUACGGGGAGUUCCGAAGUUUUGGUCGAAAAGGAUCGCGGUUAUGAAUCUAAUUUUGAAACUAAGCUAGAGCGAAAUAAGGUCUUGGAGAAGAUAGUUUAUGCGAGAAGUGACGUUGAUAAUGUGUCCAGGAAGAUGAUUGGGUAUAGUCCGGAAAGGAAUGAUAAUAAUAAUAACACUUUAAAGAGUGACAAAAAGAUCAGUCAGCGUCCUCACACGACUUUGGGGCACAUUGUCGGGCAGUCUAGGUCUUUUGACAAGGAAAUUAUGAGCAACAGUCCCAAGUUGAUCAAGCGGACCAAGUCUUUUUGGAGAUUUAGAAGAGACUCGGAGGUUCUUGAAGGAAUGGCGCUCUGGCAGCAUCGGUCUCUUGUUGAUAUUCCUAAAACUUUGAAAAGAGAGCAAUCUAAAACAGAAAAUAUCAACAACGGAAGCAGUAACAAUGAAGAAGAGAUAAACUUGUCACGGAAAUCCAGUCCCAAUUCAGGGUCUAGGCGCAGCCCAAGCAAGGAAUCUCGGAGCAGUGAUAACACUAUUACUAAUGAGCAUUCUAACGAGGUUCGCGAAGACCCAAAACCUGCAGAAAGGAACAUUGUUCCAGAAAAAGCUGAUUAUUACAAUGAUUUUCCAACACCGGCUGAGCGCCCGAAAGCUGUUGAGAGAUCCGAGUACAGAAUCUCUGGCCGCGAAGAAAGGACCUACUUUAGAGGCAUUUCGCGGAAAGCGAUCCUGGAGAACGAAAGAAAACGCAGUAUGGAGGCCAAAAGGAACCGAGUAGUCGCGGAACUUAAAGAGAAUAAUGAUCAGGGGAUGAAGAAAAGCGAUUGCAAUCACAAGGGCUCUUUGUACGGGGAAGACGAUGACGGAUUGAUUCAAAAUUUUACUGAAACAGAGGCCUCUGAUGAGGAAUCUACUUACAGCUCCAUAAUCCUUGUUAUGAAUCAUGUAAUAGACGCGCUGACUUGCAUUGCUUUUAUCGUUGCGUUUACUUUCAAGGGGCUCGCUCCUGAGAUUAAUUUUAAGUCCUUUCAGAAGCACCAAUGCCUUUGCGACGGUGAAACUCCGGAAAACAAAGACCAAUGA